CUGUAUAGUUAUCAUCUGGGAAAACCUUCCCCCUUUAGACUACGGCAGUUAAAGGAAUAUUUGGAAUACCAAAGUAUUUUUUGCAGUGAUUUCUUUUCGUGAUCUCAAUUCUCCCCCGGCUCUAAACAAAUUAAUCAGAAUUUGAAUCCAUCUGGUCUCAGGAUUGGAAAGCUAUUCUCUAAGCAGAUCAAAGAUGUUUACCAAAGCUCAACUCUUCAUCUUCGUUUUAGGGAGUGUGCCUUUCAUAGCACUUGCUGAAGAAGCAAGCUCAGUUCUAGAAGGAGAAGAAAGUGCAACAAUUGAUUUCAGAGACAGAAAUGACACAGAAUUUGAAGAAUUACCAACACUGUUGCCCACAAGACUACACAAUGUAACAAAUCUCUUGCAGUUCGGACAACUGAUGACCACAGAAAGUGCAUUUGACCCAGCUGAAGACAGUAAUAAUUCCACUGGUUACGAAGCUAACACAGAAAAUGUUGAUGGUGGACUGAGUGGGGAACCAGAGAAAACUGAAAAAGGUGGUCUGGAAACAAUUGCACUGGUUGGAAUAAUUAUUGGAAUCGUAGUUGCAGUUGGAAUCCUUGCAGGAAUAAUAAUUGCUGUUGUAAGGAAGAUGUCAGGCAGGUACUCGCCCUGAAAACAGUUGAAACAAGCAGCCAUACCAUUCUACGCCAGAAAAUACAAGUGCUUCUUAUUUUAUAAGAACUAAAGACUAUUCCUGUAUUGGUGUGAGAAGAUGAUCCAUGGAAAAUAUGGUUAAAGAAUUCCAGAUCUGUGGGGAUCCCACACAAC